CCAUUGACUAUAACCAUGCGGACGCAUCGAGCUGACUGAGCUGAGGGGCGGGAGUCUCCUAGCUUGCGAGUCUCGCUGAGUUCUCAAUGGAGUCAACUUAUCCUUCGCAGCUGGUGGGAUGGCUGGUCUGGGGCAAGGUCAAGUCGCUGCCGUGGUGGCCCGGGCAGGUUAUGCACCCGAGCAAGGGUCCUCCAGAGGUUCGGAAAAUGGCCGCGAUGAAGUCCAACUCUGGCAAGCUACUCGUCAUGUUCAUGGGUGACAACAAAUACGCAUUUUGCACACGCGACAGCGUUGUGGACUUCGCAGAGUGGAGGGAACGGCACACGGCCACAAAUUACCAGAGCAAGUUCUGGAGACUGGGCGUCGAGGAGGCCGAGGAACUCCUGGCGCGCCGCGCCGGUCUCCAGCCCGCCACCGACUAUGACCCGGUCGAUUUUGCAGAGCGCAAGAAAACCAAUUUUGUCAACCUUGCCAAAGCCUGGGCUGCAGGUGGCUCGCCAGGAAAGAAUGCGGGCGCAGGUACCGGCAACAAUGGCAGCCCUGGCUCAGGCUCCGGACGCGAGUCCGCACGCGGCAAGUCAGCCGAGCCAGCGCCCAAGGCGGCGGCGGGCUCUGCCGCAGCAGGCAACAGCGGCGGCCCAGCGACUCGCAGCAGCCCAGCCAAAGACGGCAGCAGUGGGAAGGAGCCCAAUAAGGAGGGCGCCGGGAGGGCGGGCGGCGGAGGCAAAGACGCCGGCGCGGGCAAGGACGGCGCUGCCGCUGGAAAUGACAAGGACAAAGAAAAGGACAAGGAGGCGCCGGCGGCUGCGAAGGAGGGCGGCCGGGACUCUAGGGAGGCGCGAGCGGCGGCGCGUGUGGCGAGCCGGGAGGGCGCUAAGGAGCCCGCGGCCAUUGGUGGCAGCGCUGGCAAGGCUGCUGCCGCGCCCGCGGCCGGCGGGAAAGAUGCAGCGCCGGCUGCGGGAGGCAGGGAGCGGCGGCACAGCAAGGAGCAGGCGAGCAAGGCGCAGCAGCCGCAGGGCACCGCGGCGCCGACUGCUGCCGUGGCUGCGGGGGCAUCAGGCUCUGCCGCAGCUGCUGUUGCCGCCGCUGCCGGCAAAGAGGCCAAGGAGGCAAGCGGCAAGGAGGCCGCGCCAGCCGCCACCUCUGGCGCCGCCGGCGCCAAGGACGGCAAAGACGGCAGUGCAGCCAGCGGCAAGGAGAAGGAGGCGGGUGGGAAGGAGGCCGCCGGUGGGAAGGAGGGCGCGCCGACGGUGCUGACUCGCGCUGCUUCCGCCUCCUCUCCCAGAGGCGCGGGCGCCGCCUCUCCCCGGACCACCUCUGGCUCGACGCCACGUGCGCCCGGGGGCUCUCCAAAGCCCCCCGCGGCAGAUUCUCCCAAGCCGGGUGCAGCAGCGGGAGGCUCGCCAAAGCCGGGUGGCGCGGGAGCCAAGGGAACAGCGGAAAGGGCCGGGUCGGGCAAUGCGGGGCUGGGCUCGGCGCCGGCAGGCCCGCCCAAGUCCCACCGCGCCAGCGGCGCAGGCACAGACGACGGCAAGCCUAAAUCCAUUGGCGGCGUGCUGUUGGAGUGGGCAAGGUACAUGCCGCUGGUGACGGCUACGCGCAAGGGCGCGGAGGCGGCGCCGGCAGAAGCGGUGCUGGCGCUGGCGCGGCGAGCAGCACGGGGAGAGCUGGUGUUGGGGGUGCGCGCGGCCGUCGGUGCCGCCACCGGUGGCGCAUCAGGCGGCGCACCUGCCAGCCCAAGGACAGCAGCAGCGGCCACGCCGACCGCAGCCCCGCUGGGGCCGCCGCUGCCGCCUGCCGACGAGGCCGCAAUGCAGCUGCUUCAUUCGUACGCGCUGCAGCGGCGCCUGCGCGGCGUCGACGACGCGCUACGCACCGGCGCCGCCGCAGCCCUUGCGGUGGUGGAGCAGGAGGCGACGGAGGCGGAGGCCGCCGCCGCGGCGGCGGCCAAAGUGGCGGAGGCGGCGACGGUGAACAAGCCCACCCAGCGGCUGACGCGCGGAAUGAUUGCGGCAAAGGAGCAGGCAGAGGCGGCGACGAAGAAGGGCAGGGGCUCGGAGCGGCCCAGCACUGGGCAGGUAGUGUGGCACGAGACGCAGGCGGUGCCGAACCCCGCGGCCAUUAACGUGCCGGCGGCGGUGACGGACGCACUGCGGAAGACGCUGCAGCGGGCAGCGGCGGCAGCUGCUGCCGCCUCCAGGCCACCCGCUGGCGGCGAGCCGGCUGCUGAGGGCAAGGGCGAGGACGCGGCCACGGCACAGAGGGAGUCCACGCCGGCUGACCAGGCGGCAGGGGCGGCGAAGGCGGGCGCCGAUGCGGGUUACAAAGAGUCGCUGGCUCAGCCGCAGGGGGCGGCAGCGGCAGCGGCGGCGCCAGCAGCGGCGGACGACCAGCCGGACGGGUCCACUGCUGCUGGAGCCUCCAGCGCUGCUGUGGCCACGGCGGGAGGCGCAGCGUCAGGCCUGCUGCCGCUGCCGCCGAUGCCGCCGCCGCAGCUAUCGGUGGACUUCGGUGCUGAGGCGCGGGCCAUGCAGGUGGAUGUCGUGCUCAAGGUCAACGGCAAGAUGCUGCCGUACCUGUGCGCCGGAGUGGUCACCUGGCCUACAGCGGCAGCAGUGGCGGCGGCCGGCAUCGCCGCUGCAAAGGCACAGGCGCCGGCGCCGGCGCCGGCACCCGCUGUUGAGGCGGCGAAGAAGCAGGCGCGGGAGCCCAGCAACACGGGGGCAGCGCCGGCCGUGGCAGCGGCGCCGGCCGCGGCGUCGCCGGGGGCGAAGGCGCCAACAGGUACAGAAGCAGCGGCGCCGGCGGCGGCGGCGGAGUCAACGGCGGCGAAGCCUGAUGGUAAGACGACAGGCCCAGCUAAGGCGCAGCAGCAGCAGCCGAUGACAGCGGACAAGCCGGCUGCGUCGGAGCCUGCAAAGGCGGCAGCUGUAGAGGACGGCGCUGCAAAAGACGGCGCUGCGGCGGGGCUGACUGGAAGCGCAAAAGAGGCCGUAAAGGAGGCGGCCAGGGUGGCGAAGGAGCAGUCUGUGGACGCAGAUGUGGAAAUGGCGGAUGCGCAGUCGCCCGCAGCUGCCGACAGUUCCAAAGCGGCGGAUGUGGACAUGAAGGAUGCGGGUGAUAAGGCGGGCGGUGCGACGGAGGCGCCCACGCCGGCCGCAGCGUCCCCACCUGCUGAGGACGGUGUAUCAGGGGCGGCUGCCGCCAAGCCAGCGGCAGGGCCGGCCGACGCACCCGCCGUGCCGCCUGCGGCCGCCGCCGCAGCCGUUGUCGCGGGCACUUCUGCGAAGGAGCCGACUGGCUCCACUGCUCCUGGCGCCAUCACUACCACGGCAGCGCCGGCCGCCCCUGCAUCCGCUUCCACUGCUGCCGCCACCAACCCUACCAACGCCACGACCACCAUGCCCGCACCCGCCGCGCCCUCCACGCCAGCGGCACCACCGCCGCCGCCGGCAACGCUGGACGUGUCCCACGCGCUGGCGCCGUGGGCGCGUGGCGAGAUCCGCGUCACCUCCUGGACGCUGGUGGGGCCGCGGCUGCUGCUGCUGACAGUCUCCGCCGACCGUAAGCGCGACGGCGGCAUGGGCGGCAUCAAGCGCGAGGCGCGGCUGCUGCUGGCGGAGGCGCGGCAGCGCGGCACCAGCCCUCUCGGCGGCGAGGACGGCGAGGCCGCGGAGGGCGCGGAGGGCGAGCCCAAGCUGAAGCGGCGGCUUAGGUCCGCCGUGUCGCCGCCGGCGUCCGGCGCGGCAGGAGAGGCGGGCGAUGCGGGAGGUGCAGGCGGAGGCGGAGGCUCUGGCGGCGGCGCGAAGGGCGAGGCGCUGGGCCCCGCGGGCGCGGCGCUGGCGCGCUCGCGGAUGCUGCAGCAGAAGCGGCUGGCGGGCCACUCGGAUGGCGGCGCGGGCCCGGCGGGCGGUGCUGCCGGUGGCGAUGCCGCGACACGGGCUACCCCAACCUCCAGCGCUCAGGGCGGCGCCAACGGCACUGGCGGCGGUGCCAACGGCGAGAUGCGGCCUGUGAAGAAGAUCAAGCUGGUGCGCUUCCCUGGCGCUGCCGGCGCGAGCAGCGCGGGCGGCGGCGGCAGCGCCGCCGGUGGCGGUGGCUCAGCGCCGCCGCGGAACAGUAGUGGCGGCGGAGCCGCCGCUGCGGCGGGGCCUGCGCCCGAACGCAGCGUGUACUACACCGGCUAUGAAGCGGAGUGGGAGCGGGACUACUCGUACCCGCCCUGGCUGCCAAAGCCUACCGUGAAGGGUGCCUUCAUCACCGUCUCGCACGCGAUCAGCCAGAGCAUGCAGAACCCCUACGCUGCGCGCCGCGGCAAGGUGCAGGGCAACGGCCCGCGCGCCAGCAGCGGCGGCAGCGGCGCCUUCGCCGCAGCGGCGGCCGCGCAGACGCCGCAGCCUGGCGGAGGCGGCGGCGGAGGCAGCGGUUCCAUGCCGUUCCGCCAGCCUAACUAUAACCACUCGUACAACCACCACCACCACGGCCACAGCGGGCACGUGCAUGGCAGCCACGGCCACCACCCCCACUCCGGUUCCAACGGGCACCACAGCCACCAUCAUCACCACCACCACAGCCACCACCACCAUCACCACCACUACAGCCACGGCCACCACGCGCAUACCGCGCCGCCGCCGCAACCCACCUCCUCCGGCUCCUACGGUUCGGGCCGGCCAGGCGCCGGCGGCGGCACGGCUCGUUCCGCCUCCAUCCCGCGCCGCUCGUCCGGCUACGACGGCGCAUGGCAACCCAGCGGCACAAACGCCCUGCAACUGCCCUCGGCAUUCGAUGACGAGCGCACAAGCGGAUACCGCCGGCUGGCGCCGUGGCCCGCUGGCGGCGGCGACGGCGGCGCCAACAGCGACUAUGAGGCUGGUGGCGGCGGCGGCAGCGGAGGCGGCUGGCCGUCGGCGACGCCCGUGGCGCCGCUGCCAGCCGGUGGCGAUGGCAGUGGCGAGCAGAUACUAUUGGACAUCCGAGUGGGCGACGAGGCGGAUGUGGAAGCGGUGCCGUGCGACCCGCGGCCGGCGGCCGCCAUUGCGGCGGCCGGCCUGCAGCUGCCGCUGUCGGAUGGACGCGGGCGCUCCGGCAUGGCGGCGGGGGCGGGGGCGGGGGCGGUGCUGCAGCAGCAGCAGCAGCAGCAGCAGCAGCAAUACUUGCUGCCUGCGAGCAACCCCAGCGCGCCGGCUGGCAGCACCUAUACCACACCGUUUCACCAGUCCUGCAGCCAGCAUCAGCAACAGCAAGAGCAUCCGCAACAGCAACAGCAGCAGCCCUACCAGCACCACCACCACCAUGACCACCACCACGCGGCGCAAACGGGCCCAUCCAUCUCGCCAUUCGCGAUGCAACCCGCCGCCGCCACCACACCAUUCAGCCCCACUGCCGCGGCUGCGGCUGUGGCGGCGGGCAAUCCGUACGGCGGCAUGACUCCUGCCGAUGUGGACUUGGCGCUUACGGCUGCCAUGUUAGCUGACCGCAAUCUUUCCGUUUGUGAAUCCGCUAGCAUUAACCAGGCGGCGGCGGCUGGCACCGACGGCAAGCAGAGCGCCGCGCAAGGUGGAGAGGCAGGCAGCGGGCCAGGCGGCGCCGCUGCAGGGACCGAUGCCGAGGGCGGCGCGGGCGCGGGCGGUGGCGGCGGCGGCACCCCGGUGGCGCGGCUGUCGGAGCAUGAGGAGGAGGAGGUUGUGCGGCUGCGGCGGGAGUGCGAGAGCCUGCGCGAGCAGCUGAAGCUAAGGGUGACGCCGGGGCUGAUGGAGCCGCUGCCGCCGCAGCAGGGCCUCAGCUACAGCCAACUGGUGGCGCAGGUAGCGGAGCGCGUGCUACAGCUGGCGCUGUCGCUGCCGGCGCUGUCGGCGCCCACCAAGCAAGUCUUCAUUUGCUACAGCCGCACGCUCACGCACGAGUCGGCCUCCGGUGGCGCCGGCAGUGGCAGCAGCAUUGCCAGCAGCAACCCAGCUGCGGCGCCUGGUGUGGAGGGUGCGGAUGGCGGCGCGGCGCCGGAGGUGCAGGGGCCGUGUGGCGUAAGGAGCCUGGGCGUGGCGCGUGUGGCGGCAGAGCUGGUUCGCAGCGCGGCGGCGCCGGGGCUGCCGCUGCACCCGGAGGAUCGGUGGGCGUUUAUCAACUUGGCGGCUGAGCUGCUUCGGCCGUGAGCGAAUGCCGUAUUGAGGGGAAGCGCUGUGGCACGGUGCCGCUUACUGCCAUCAUGUACGAGGCAGUGAGGCGGCGAGGCAGUGAAGCGGUGGGCAGAGACAUCAGAUUGUGGGGGAGACGCAAGAACACGCGAGGCGGAGCAGUGGUAGUAAUUGCACGACGGAUACUUGCAACACGGGCUUGUGGCCAUUGUCACGGCAUUCGUGUGAGCGGACAUGGCGCACUGGCAUGGGAUUGCAGCCGGGCUGAUUAGCAGUGACGAGUGCGCGACGUUGCGUGCGGUUCGGACUGGACCGACAGGGGUCUCAACGGAUCAGGUUGGUUGGCAAUUGGGCGCGAGUGGGCUGAUCGGCCAGGCUGGACUGGAUGGCAAACUGACUACCGUAUGGUGCUGUUGCGUGUGGGACUCAAACGUGACAUGCGACUUUGGGUCAUACGAUAUGUGCGGCAGUUGUCGGCAGAUGACCCAAGCUUACGCUGGCUGCGGUUGGCUGCUGGUGCAUGCUUCCAAUCGCCUGAUAUGGGUUGCUUUGUCCUACUUGGGGACGCUAAGUUUGCAUGCUGACAGAGGCAGUGAGACGUGAAUGCUAUGUAGGUUGUGGUCGGGGCAGUGGGCAUAAGCGUACUUUCAUGCACCUGCAUGGCUGGCCGUGCACACGCUCGCUGCAUGAGUCUGUGAUGCCCCUGUGGGCUGUGGCGCACCCUGUGGGGCCAGCGUUCCAAGGGACUUCGGCGUUACUUGAUCGGCGUUACUUGGCCUGUUGAUAAUUCCUUACUGAGACGGCACCGCGCGUGCAUGCAUCGAGGAGGGGGGGGGGCUUCCCCCCGUCUGCGUGCUCUGAAGAGCACAUCUGUGAACACUCCUGCUCUGC